UGCAUGCUGUUUUUCUGCUACUCAUUCAAUUCGUUUAGUUUGUCUUCACCAUGCCGACUGAUACCAAGCGAGUACGCGGCCCAGAGGUGUCUCAAAGCCCGCUUCUUUUUGUGAGCAAGCCGGCGACCGCCCCCCUCUCUCACGGCCCCAGAACGGACGGUCGGCCGCGGGAUCAGGUGGACGUCCGGCCUGUUUUCGUCCGGUGCGGGCUGGUGAGCCAGGCCAAAGGCUCCGCGUACAUAGAGGCUGGAAACACCAAGCUGAUGAGCUGCGUGUACGGCCCCAGAGAAACAGAGCGGAAAGAUGAGACCGAUAUGAAAUGUGGAAGGUUGACCACCGACAUGCGUUUUGCUCCAUUCUCCUGCCCAGAGAGGGGCUCCUGGAUUCAGGGCAGUCAGGACAAGGACCUCUCCCUGAUGCUUCAUGAGAGUCUGCAGCCAGCUGUGUGCCUCCACAAAUACCCCCGUUCUCAGAUCGAGGUCAACGUCAUGGUUCUGGAAAACAGCGGUUCGGUUCUGGCCCACGCCGUCACAUGCGCCUCUCUCGCUCUCGCAGAUGCCGGGAUUGAAAUGUACGACCUGGUGCUCGGUUGUGCCAUGCGCCAGGACGGCUCUUCGUAUGUGGUCGACCCUACUUACAUGGAAGAGAACAGCUGCAGCUCAGCUAUCAGCGAGAACCAGGGCGGUCUGACAGUGGCGUUCCUACCUAGCCUGAACCAGAUUUCUGGGCUGCAGUCGGAUGGAGAAAUGACUGAAGAGACUCUUACAGCUGGGGUUCGGACCUGCAUUGAGGGAUGCUAUAAAAUAUACCCAGUCGUCCAACAAGCCCUGGCCAAGGCUGUGCGCAGGGCUGCUCCCCCACCAUCAGAGAGCUGAGAGACUCAUUAAACAAUAACUGUUAAGUUCAUAGUUUCCAGUCCUCACUUUGAUAACGUCAUCUAUUUUUCUAUGUUCGCUAUUAAAAUCUUUAAAUUAAAAUUGAUAA